CCUCACAAUAAGAUGCUCUCGCUCGACUUUGGUGUGGUUUGAGGGCCAAAUCAACUUCUUCAGAGUCACUGAAAUUCAUCGCACCGGACAAGGAGCAUGCACUGUACGUCAAUCAAAUUAACCGCUUCAUGGGAAUACGUCAGGAGCAAUAAUUCCUGAUGUGAGCAUCAAACACUUGAACCGCGGAUUGCGACUUUCACCGCUUUGAACGCGAGGAUUGGCCAUGGGAGAGUCUUUAAACUUUACCGGAAACAACUCACAAGGAACAGAUAAACUGGGAGAGCAUGAUCUUGCUGUUAUAAGCGCCUACGUUUUUAUUGUGGGAGUCCUUGGUUUUAUCGGAAACUUGUGGGUGUUAAUCGCUUUUUGUUGCUACAAAACUCUGCGGACGACAACAAAUUUAUUUAUAGUUCAUCUUGCUGGCUGCGACUUGAUGUUGGCGGUGAUGGAUGUGGCUUUUUCUUUUCCUUCCACUGUAAAGCAUCGCUGGCUAUUUGGAGCUGUUGGGUGUGAAGCGUUUGGUUUUGUUUACCACUUUUUAAACGCAAUGUCUUUCAACACCCUGGCUAUAAUCUCGCUCGACCGCUUCUGGGUAAUCACGAAACCGUCUUUUGGCGCGAAAAUUACCGUGAAACGCGCGUUAUUUUGCGUGGGGUUAACGCACGUGUACACACUGUUUUUCACGCUGCCAAUCAUUUUCGACUGGAUUGGUUUCCAAGAGGAGAUUUACUUCACUGGCUGUUAUCUAAAUUUUGAGAAUAGAGACGAACGGACGGUGAUAUACUCCAUAGCUGUGGCGAUAUUUUCAUUUCUGGUGCCAUUUGCAAUCAUGAUCUAUUGUUACUUUUCGAUUUUUGCGUCGGUUCGCAAACGUGGAAAGGAAAACAAUUACCUGAAAAAAAGGCGCAGGAAAAAUUGCAAAUUUACCCUCCCACAUUGGAGGACUGCGCGAAUGAUCGUUGUUGUAAUUUUCGUGUUUUUAUUGUGUUGGUCUCCUCAUGUCAUUGUAUCUUUGUGUGUAUCGCUCGGAAUCAAAGUUUCGAUUUUAGUUCAAGAAGUUACAUUGCUUCUUGCAAAGUCAGCCAUUAUUUACAAUCCUUUCAUAUACGCUGUGCUGAAUCAUCGCUUCAGACACGCCUUUAUUGGAAUGUUUUGUCAGAACCGGAGUCAGGAAAGUAAUGGCGCCGAUUGCAGCCGGACGCCAGUCGCCAGUGGUGGACCUGGGUCGAGUUUUAGGAUUCCUCGAACAAGCGCAUCCGCCAGAACAUUGUCGGAACGGUUAUCCGAGAGAGAAUUGGGUCGAGAGUCUGCGGAUCAGUGUAGGCUGAAAAGUAUUAGCUAUUGCAAGAAAAGGUUGACGAUUUGUAGCUCGGGAGAGCUACCUUGCGCUCAUAAUGUAGCACUGGAACAAAACGAUCCAGAGGAAACUAUGGGUAAGGCAGUAGCACUCGAAGAAAUAGGAAUGGAUAACGACGAAGAGAAGGGAAUUAGAAAGAACGAUUUGAUCACCAUCGAACAAAAUUAAUAUAUUUAAAUGUUUGAUGAAUUGGACUCAUUCACAUGGUGUUUUAAUGGGGAGAGUAAUGAAAAAGACGAGACAGAAAUACGAUAUUAGUCGGUAACUCAUUUGAUGUGUGAUGUGCGGUGGGUCAUGUGUGAUGUGUUAUGUGUGAUGUGGGAUGUGAAUGAGAUCACAUUUUACCAUCAAUGAUAAUAGAAUUGUACUUCGUACCUUUUAAUCUUUAUCAUCUCGUUUCAUUUAAUAUAUAAACUUACUCAG